AGGGGUGGGAGGUUACUCGUCGUCCUGCUGGUUGCCAGUGUGGCUCGGUCCCUCCAUCGCCGCAGCCACCCAGAUCCGGAUCCCCACCACCGCUGGAUGCGCCCCCCGCCGGCGAUGCUUCGCGGCCGGGCCGCCGCGGCGCUCGCGCUGCUGCUCCUCGCCGCCGUCGCCGCCGCCCCUCCCGCCGCGGGGUUCUACCUCCCCGGCGUCGCGCCCAACGACUUCCAGAAGAAAGAUCCGCUUCAAGUGAAGGUGAACAAGUUAACAUCCACGAAAACACAACUACCCUACUCCUACUAUUCCCUUCCUUUCUGCAAGCCAGGAACAAUUGUUGACAGUGCAGAAAAUCUUGGAGAAGUUCUACGUGGUGACCGCAUUGAGAAUUCUCCUUAUGUGUUCGAGAUGAGAGAGCCCAAGAUGUGUCAGAUUGUCUGCAAAGCAUCCAUUGGCGAUAAACAAGCAAAGGAGCUAAAGGAAAAGAUAGAGGAUGAGUACCGGGUGAACAUGAUUCUUGACAACCUCCCGCUGGUUGUGCCUAUUGCAAGGCCGGAUAAGGACGCGGUUGUUUUUCAGGGUGGAUAUCAUGUUGGUGUUAAGGGCCAAUAUUCUGGUAGCAAGGAUGAGAAGUACUUUAUCCAUAAUCACUUGACAUUUUUAGUGAAAUAUCACAAGGAUGAAAAUUCAGAUCUUUCUAGAAUUGUUGGGUUCGAGGUCAAACCAUUUAGUGUUAAUCACCAAUUUGAAGAGAAAUGGAAUGAUGCAAACACUCGCUUGAGCACAUGUGAUCCCCAUGCCAACAAAAUAGUAAUAAACUCGGAUACUCCUCAAGAGGUUGAAACUGGAAAGGAAAUCAUAUUCACAUACGAUGUUGGCUUUGAGGAAAGUGAUAUCAAGUGGGCUUCUCGCUGGGACACCUAUCUGCUGAUGACAGAUGAUCAAAUUCACUGGUUCUCCAUUGUGAACUCGCUCAUGAUUGUGCUUUUCUUGUCUGGUAUGGUGGCCAUGAUUAUGCUCCGCACCCUAUAUAGAGAUAUUUCCAGGUACAAUCAACUUGAGACGGAAGAAGAAGCCCAAGAGGAAACUGGAUGGAAGCUUGUUCAUGGAGAUGUGUUCCGCCCACCAACUAACUCUGACUUGCUCUGUGUCUAUGUUGGCACCGGUGUUCAGUUCUUUGGUAUGCUGCUGGUCACCAUGAUUUUUGCUGUAUUGGGUUUCCUUUCUCCAUCAAACCGUGGAGGAUUGAUGACUGCGAUGCUGCUCAUUUGGGUCUUGAUGGGGUUGUUUGCUGGAUAUGCUUCUUCACGUCUCUAUAAGAUGUUCAAAGGAUCAGAAUGGAAGAGCAUCACCUUGAGGACUGCAUUCCUGUUUCCGGGGAUUGCUUUUGGUAUUUUCUUCGUCUUGAAUGCUCUUAUAUGGGGGGAGAAAUCAUCAGGGGCUGUUCCUUUCUCCACAAUGUUUGCCUUGGUCCUUCUUUGGUUCGGCAUCUCAGUUCCACUUGUCUUUGUUGGGAGCUACCUUGGUUUCAAGAAACCUGCCAUUGAGCCUCCAGUGAAAACGAACAAAAUCCCGAGACAGGUCCCAGAGCAGGCCUGGUACAUGAACCCUGCCUUCACCAUUCUUAUUGGUGGUAUUCUCCCGUUCGGAGCAGUUUUCAUCGAGCUCUUUUUCAUUCUCACUUCAAUCUGGCUUCACCAAUUCUACUACAUCUUUGGCUUCCUAUUCCUGGUGUUCAUCAUCCUCAUCAUCACUUGUGCGGAGAUCGCCAUCGUUCUCUGCUAUUUCCAACUUUGCAGUGAGGAUUACAUGUGGUGGUGGAGGUCCUAUCUUACCUCAGGAUCAUCUGCGAUCUAUCUCUUCCUGUAUGCUGGGUUCUACUUCUUCACCAAGCUGCAGAUUACAAAACUGGUGUCUGGCAUUCUGUACUUUGGAUACAUGCUUCUGGCCUCCUAUGCUUUCUUCGUGCUCACCGGCACAAUUGGGUUCUGUGCUUGCUUGUGGUUCACGAGAUUGAUUUACUCAUCUGUGAAGAUUGACUAGGAGCAGAGUUGGUUAUACAUCCUGCUUAAAAGUUCUGUAUGAUUAUUGUGAGACGGGGACCUGCAUCCACAUUGUAUUUUACCGAUUUUCGGGAAAUUUAUAUCUUAGUUGUUAGUUUAUAAACCACUUAUGUUCACUAUAAAUCAGAUGAUACAUCUUUGAUACGAAAUUAUAUAACGGCUAGUUACGAUUGUUAGUUUUGUAUGCUGCAUAUUUUUCUUAAAUU